AUGCGCUGCCUGGCUCUGCUCGCGACCCUCGGCUCCCUCACAGGGCUGGGGCGGGAAGCAGGGAGCAGCCUCCCCUCUUGCUGUGCUCACUCUCCAUCUCUUCCUGCCAGGGGCUCUGCUGUGAGCAUCAGCCGCCCUCACUCCAGCCCCUGCAGCGCCAGCUCCCUGUACCCACUCCCAGCCCUGAACGGCUGUGGGGGGGUCCUGCGCCGUAACACGCCUGCCAGAACCCUGCUCGCUGCUGGGUGUUACACUGCUACCGCCUCCCACCGGUCCACCUGCACGCUCGUCCGCUUCACAAUGCUGGUCGUGGGGCACCCACCCUCAUCCAUUUCCCGCUCGGUCGUGGGGCACCCACCUUUGUCCAUUCCAUGCUGUCCAUCGGUCGUGGGGCACCCACCCUCAUCCAUUUCCCGCUGCCGGUCGUGGGGCACCCACCCGUGUCCAUUUCACAUGCCUUGUCCAUUUCACACCUGGGACGAAGAGGGGCCUGAACUGGGCUCCUUCUGCUUUGAGAACGUGAACGACGGAGGCCACAAAACAAUUCUUGGCAGGUGCUAUUGCUACAGCGGGGCCAGCUGCAGCUUAUGCCUGUUAGCAGGGGCUUCGAGCCCAGGGAAGCCAGAGACACGUGCACACGCGUGUGCGGGGCACACGCAGACCCCCACCCGCGCGUGUGGGACACACACAGCCACAUACAGUGAUGCUGGCCAGGUGCCAGCACUAACCCCCAACACGCUCUCCAAGUCACCCUCUGUCCUCUGGCCCCCAGGCUUUCCAGGAAGCAGCAGCAGCAGUUUUGCUAAUGAAGCCGUGCUGUGCCGGAACCAGGAGGAGAAACUGCUCAAGGACCUGAUGACCAACUACAACCGCAACCUGCGCCCGGCCCAGGGGGAGGGCGACAUCAUUAACGUCACGCUGAAGCUGACCCUCACCAACCUCAUCUCCCUGAACGAGCGGGAAGAGACCCUCACCACCAACAUCUGGAUUGAGAUGAAAUGGUGCGAUUAUCGGCUGCAGUGGGAUCCUGACGAAUACGACAACAUCCAGAUACUGAGGGUGCCCUCCACCGAGGUGUGGCUGCCGGAGAUCGUCCUGGAGAACAACAUCGACGGGGUGUUUGAGAUCACCCUGUACUGCAACACGCUGGUGGAGUCCAACGGCUGCCUCCUGUGGAUGCCGCCCGCCAUCUACCGCACCUCCUGCGCCAUCUUCGUCACCUACUUCCCCUUCGACUGGCAGAACUGCUCCAUGGUGUUCCAGUCCCAGACCUACAGCGCCAAUGAAAUUAACCUGCUGCUGACGGAGGAAGAUGGGCAGACCAUCGAGUGGAUUGUCAUCGACCCCGAAGCUUUCACAGAGAACGGGGAGUGGGCCAUCAAGCACCGGCCGGCCAAGAAGAUCGUGAACGCCGAGCGCUUCACCCCGGACGACUUGGGUUACCAGCAGGUCGUCUUCUACCUGAUCAUCCAGAGGAAACCACUCUUCUACGUCAUCAACAUCAUCGUGCCCUGCGUGCUCAUCUCCUCCGUGGCCGUGCUGGUGUAUUUCCUGCCUGCCAAAGCGGGCGGCCAGAAGUGCACAGUCUCCAUAAACGUCCUCCUGGCCCAGACAGUCUUCCUCUUCCUGAUCGCACAGAAGGUGCCCGAGACCUCCGACGCCAUGCCGCUCAUUGGCAAGUACCUGACCUUUCUCCUGGUGGUGACGGUGGUGAUCGUGGCGAACGCCGUCAUCGUGCUGAACGUCUCGCUGAGGACACCCAACACGCACGCCAUGUCGCAGAAAGUGCGGCAGAUCUGCCUGCGGCGGCUGCCCAACUUCCUGGGGAUGCACAUGCGCCGCAGCGACAUGGCCCCCCGCCCGCUGCUGGCGCGGCGCCGCAGCUCCCUGGGGCUGAUGGUGAAGGCUGACGAGUACAUGCUGUGGAAGGCCCGGACCGAGCUGAUCUUUGAGAAGCAGAAGGAGAGGGCCGGGCUGAUGAAGGCUGUCCUGGAAAAGAUCGGGAAAGGCCUGGAAAACGGGUGCACCCAGGAUCUCUGUCACAGCUUGGUGCAGGCUGGUCCCGAGAUCCGGGCCUGCGUGGACGCCUGCAACCACAUUGCCAAGACGCUGCGGGAGCAGAACGACUUCGACAACGAGAACGAGGAGUGGAUCCUGGUGGGGAGAGUCAUCGACCGCGUCUGCUUCUUGGUCAUGGCCUCGCUCUUCGUCCUGGGGACGGUCAGCAUCUUCCUGAUGGCCCAUUUCAACCAGGCGCCAGCAGCGCCCUUUCCCGGGGACCCCAAGCGCUACCUGCCGUAGCGCCCCGCUUGGGGUGGGCGAGCCCAGGGCGUCUGCACGAGAGCCUCCCCCCACAGCUCUGUCGCGGGCGGCUGAGCCCUCCCUGCACGGCGGCGGGGGGCCCCUGGGCUCCAUGCACGAAGGCACCGUGUCCCAGGCAGGGCUCACCGCGCUGCUGCAGGGCAGAGCCUGCGGCUGGACCCUUCAGCCGGGGCUGCUCGUGGGAGCCGCAGACGGAGACGACCCGGACCGCGGGGAGAGAUGGCAGCCGAACUGCGCCUCUUGCUUCACUCCUUUACAUGGAAAGGGCAAGUGAGCUGAAGGGCUGAAUCUGGGCCCCCGCAAACACUGCAGCUGGCAUCUCUGGCACCCCAAGGGACAAGGAGCCUGGCUGCCCCCUGGGUAGCUACGUGGCGAUGGCCCAGUGAG